CCGGCGGUGCCGCGGGGGGGGCCAUGGCGGUGCCGCCGCCGCCGCCGCCGGGCCCCGAGCAGGCCCCGCGGUACCAGGAGUGGAUCCUGGACACCAUCGACUCGCUGCGUUCGCGCAAGGCGCGGCCGGACCUGGAGCGCAUCUGCCGCAUGGUGCGGCGGCGGCACGGCCCCGAGCCCGAGCGCACCCGUGCCGAGCUGGAGAAGCUGAUCCAGCAGCGCGCCGUGCUCCGCGUCUCCUACAAGGGCAGCAUCUCGUACCGCAACGCCGCCCGCGUGCAGCCGCCGCGCCGCCCGCCGCCGCCCGCCCGCCGCCCGCCGCCCGUCAGCCUCCGCGACACCGCGCGGCUGCUCGGCGGCGACGGCCGCCUCACCCGCGGCCGCCUCCAGGGCUCGGCCGCGCCCGGCGGCGGCGGGGGGGGCGGGACCCCUGAGGGGAUUGGGGGCCUGAGGGGACAGCAGAGAUCUCAAGGGGACAUUGGGGACCCCCAGGAGAACCUGGCCGGGGGGGGCCCCCCCCUGCGCCCCCCGGGGCAGCCACCCCCCGAGCGGCCCCCCCAGCCCAAGGCUUGUGCCCCAGGGGAGGGGGGCUGCCAGCACAUGGCCCCCCUCAAAAAGGAGGGGGCCUUUGGGCAGCCCGACAGAGCAGUGUCCCCGGCGCUGGCGGGGGCUGAGCCCUCGGUGCCACUGUCCCCAGGCCGGCCAGGCCCCCAGGCUGCUGAGGGGGCUCCGUUCAGCUGCACGGCCGGGCGCAAGGACAAGGCCGUGGACCCAGUGGAGUGGUCAGUGCGGGACGUGGUUGAAUACUUCACCGAGGCCGGCUUCCCCGAGCAGGCCGGGGCCUUCCAGGAGCAGGAGAUCGAUGGCAAAUCCCUGCUGCUGAUGCAGAGAGCUGAUGUGCUCACCGGGCUCUCCAUCCGCCUGGGCCCCGCGCUCAAGAUCUACGAGUACCACGUGAAGCUGCUGCAGCGCAGCCACUUCCAGGAUGAGGAGCCCCCCCCGGAGCCCUUCCCGGCCUGAGAGACCCCCCGGAGCCAUGGGGCCCCCCCCAGACCCACAGUGGGACCCUCAGACCCCUGGGGGCCCCCUGGACCCACGGGGACACCCCCUGACCCACGGGGACACCCUGGUAUCCAGGAGGGCUCCUCCCUCCCCCCGCUGCUGCACACAGAGACUUUGGGGGGUGGCUGGGGGUCAAGGGGAUCCCACUCCUUUUUUGGGGGUUGCCCCACCUCUCUUUGGGGGCUCCCACCCCUUUUUGGGGGAUCCCACCUCUCUUGGGUGGGUCCCAUCCCUAUUUAGGGGGGUCUUGCCUCUCUUUAGGGUCCCACCUCUAAUCUGGGCGGGUCCUGCUCUCAUCUGAGGGGUCCCACCUCGCUUUGAGGGGGUCUCAUCUCUGUUUUGGGGGGGUCCCACCCCUCUUUGUGGGGUCUCUCUUUUAGGGGGGCACUGCUCCAGGGGGACACCCUUCUUUUGGGGGGGGGGUCUCACCCUUGAUUUGGGGGGGCUUCUCUUUGGGGGGUCAUUUCUCCUUUGGGGGGGUGCCACCCAUCUCUUAGGGGGCUUCUCCUUGGGGACCCCUCUUUCAGGAGGGUCACUUCUCUUUAGAAGGGACACCUCUCUCUUUUGGGGGGGUCACCCCUCUUUUGGAUGGUAAACCACACUUUGAGGGGGUCACCCCUCUUUUGGGGGGGUCACCCUUCUCUUUUGGGGGGGUCACCCCUCUCUUUUGGGGGUCCCGUCUCUCUGGGGCACACUGGGGGUGGGGACACCCUGCUCCUUGUGGGGUCACCCCUCUUUUUGGGGGGGCUCCUCUGGGGGCGGGGUCACCCCUCCUUGAGGGAGCCCACUUUUUAGGGGAUCCCCCUUUUCUUGGGGGGGAUUUUUACCGCGGGGGGAGGGGGUUGGGGGGCUCUGCCCGGAGAUGUUUUAACCUUCCCCAGCCUGUGCCCCCCCCCCCCCUCAAAUUGGGGUGCGGCCCCCCCGCCCCUUGGCCACGAGUGGGGAAAGCCCCCCCAAACCGCCCCCCCCGCAGUCUGUGCCCCCCCCUUUCCCCGGGCCUGGCUCGUUUUGGGUUUUUUUAAAUAAAAACGGAAAAAUGAAAUUAAAUCAACACAAAA